GCCGUCUCUAGGUGAUUUAGCGCCGCCAGUCUCAAGCAGGUGUCCAACAUGGCGAUCACGGGGAGCGGAUCUCUCGCUAUUUCUUUCUCUGUUUUCGUGAUUUCGGCGGCGUUUCUCCCGAAAGGAGCUGCUGAAACCCUGACAGUCGAAGGGCAAAACCUGGCGACUGACAACGUGUCGGUGGUGGAGGGGGAAACGGCGACCAUCAGCUGCAGAGUGAAGAACAACGACGACUCCGUCAUCCAGCUGCUCAACCCCAACAGACAGACCAUCUACUUCAAAGACGUCAGACCUCUCAAGGACAGCCGGUUCCAGCUGGUGAAUUUCUCUGACAACGAACUGCGGGUGUCCCUGUCCAAUGUGUCACUCUCCGAUGAGGGACGCUACGUGUGCCAGCUCUACACGGAUCCUCCUCAGGAAGCCUACGCAGACAUCACCGUCCUGGUCCCACCGGGCAGCCCAAUGAUCGAGAGCCGCGAGGAUGUGGUCAGCGAGGGAAACGAGACGGAGCUCACCUGCACAGCCAUGGGCAGCAAGCCAGCCGCCUCCAUCAGAUGGAUGAAAGGGGAGGAAGAACUGACAGGAGAGACUGCAGUUGAGGAGAUGUAUGACAGGAUGUUUACUGUCACCAGCCGGGUGAGAUUUUCUGUCACCAAAGAGGAUGAUGGAGUGCCAGUGGACUGCAUCAUUGACCACCCAGCUGUAAAAGACCUCCUGGCUCAAAGACACUUGGAAGUGCUCUAUAAACCGGAGGUGAAGAUUGUGGUGACCUAUCCUGAAGGUUUAACCAGAGAGGGAGACAAUCUGGACUUGACGUGCAUCGCUGAAGGAAAACCUCGUCCCCUCAAGAUCAACUGGCUGAGAGUAGACGAGGAUGUGCCGCCUCACGCUGUGCUCAACGGCCCUGAUCUCUACAUCGAGAACCUGAACAAGUCCUACAACGGCACCUACCGCUGCGUGGCAUCUAAUACUGUGGGUGAGGCCUACGACGACUACAUCCUCUAUGUGUAUGAUGCUCCCACUACUAUCCCCACACCCACCACCAACCCAGUCAACACGCAAGACUCCAGAGCCGGCGAGGGGGCACCACAGAAAAUUGACCAUGCUGUCAUCGGAGGAGUGGUUGCCGUGGUGAUGUUUGCCAUCCUCUGUGCACUCAUUGUUCUUGGUCGAUACUUUGCCAGACACAAAGGGACUUACUUUACACAUGAAGCCAAAGGAGCGGACGACGCCGCCGACGCGGACACGGCCAUCAUCAACGCGGAGGGGGGGCACAACAACACAGACGAGAAGAAGGAGUAUUAUAUCUAAACUGGACAGGCCAGGAGAGACGGGUGGGGAUGCUGGUAGUAGUGGUGGUGGUGGUGGUGGUGGUGGUGGUGCUGCAGGAGCAUUAUGUCUAACUCUGAUUGGUUGUGAGACGGCUUGGGGGGCGGGGAGGGCGAGAAGAAAGAGAAAAGUGGAAAGUAGGACCGGCAUGGCCAAGUGUUGAGAAGAAGAAGCGUUGCCGAGUCUCCUAUCCGACCCUUCCUGGACUGCUGGGGCCUAUUCUGUACAGUUCAAUUAUUUUACAGACAAUUUUGUGCCUUGUUCUAUUUCUUUUGUUUGUUUUGUUGUUUUCCCUUCACAUGCUUGUUGGAUUGGAUUUUUCUUCCAUGUACACCACCUGAUCCUUUGUUGCGUUUGGCUUUUCAGAGGAGAUUAAAACAGUCUGGUGUUUGUCUAUGUGUGCUGCAGCUAGCUUUUAGCUCGUGUACCCAGAUCUGAGGAGCCAACUCUUCCAGGCUUUUUUUUUUUUUUUUUUUUUUUGAGUAAUCUCAGAGUUCAGUAACUGGAACACAGUGUCAACACAUUUCUCCCCGCUGGGUCAAAGUCCAACAGUGCCUGCAAAUUCAUCACAUCUCCCUCCUCCCUCUAUACGUGCAGGUCUGAUUGGUUUUGACACUUUUCAGCUCAGCCCCCGCGAGAGGUCAGGUUCACUGUGUUGAUUACUUCAGUAACAGUUGUGAGUAAUUAAGCUCAUCAUAGAAUGUAUUUGUUCAUGAAAGUGAAGUAGGAGUGCUGUUACGUAUCAUUUCACACCAAACCGCAAAAGUGCAACCGACCCUUUGGUGGUUUCAUAUCUGACAAUUAGUAGACGUGAAGUCAGUCUAGUAUUUGUGUAGGCUUUUGUGGAGCAGUCUAAGACAACUCGACAGCUGUAAUGUGCCGAACUGUUUAUCGUUUUUAAGGUCUGCACCGGGAUUUUCUGACUGAGACAAAUCAAGAAUAGCAUAGAAUAGUUUUGUCAAAAUACCCUCGAUACCACUGUUCAGUCUGUAUAAUAAGCACGAAUCUGCAGCCAGCAGCCUGCUAGGUUAGCUUAGCAUAAAGGCUGGAAAUUGAGACUCUGUUAGCUUAAGCUUUACUGGCACUUGUAGGUGGAUUUGUUAUUUUGGGACAAAAUCAAGCUAGUUUUUUCCCUUCCUCUAAGAAUUACAGGCCCAAAAGACUCCCCAUCUGUUAGCAGAUAUUAUGUUAAUACUCUACUUACCCUAUAAUACCUAAAACACAAACUGGUCCUGCUGCAUUGAUCAUAAAAUGUAUUAUUUGUGAGCUAUUCGUAAAGCUGGCUAUGUGGUUUUGGUUUGAACAUUUUCUACAUUUCCAUGAACACCCACAAGGUCAACCCUGGACCAAAUAAAAGAAUUAAGCAAGUGUGUAUCUAUACAGUAAACAUUACUUUGUAUACGGCAGAGGAAAACUCUCCUCUAAAAAAAAAAAAAAAAAAAAAAAAAAAAUUAUUUCACGGUACAAUAUACUGACCGUUUAACUGACAAAUGUUACAAGGCCACAGGAGGAAGGAAGGACGAUUUAUUUAUUUUUCAAGGCAUUAUGCUUUUAUUUGGUUUUCUGUGCGAAAGGGAAGAAAGAAUGUUUCUAUGUUUCCUUUCAGCAACGUAUAAGUUCUCAAGGUAUGUCCGUGUGAAUACGCACACCAAGUAAAAAAAAAAAAUUCGCAGCUUAUUUCUUGGCUUUAGAAAUCCUAGCUACAGACUCUCUUGCCCUUGCCCCGUACGCAAGAAGGAAAAAAAGACGUUCAAUCAGUGCAAACAUGAAUCAGUUAUAUUUCCUUACCGUCUGUAAAGACGUUUUUACCUUUGGGCCGUCUUUGAUAACUUGUGAGGGGCUCUCUGCCUUACAAGUUAUCAAAGAUUUGCGUAUAGCUUUAGACUUGGUGAGAAAGAUCAUUUUCUUACUGUCAUCCCGCAGCCUCAAACCUUCACAGAGGAGCCGCCUACUGUUACAAAUCUCCCUCUUUUUGUUGGCAUGCUUCAUGCCUCUGACUCCGUCACAGCGAGGAGAGUAAAACCUGUUUGGUAAUUAGCGAGCGAUUUCAUUGUAUUGCCUGAAAAGAAAAAAAAAAAGAAAAAAAUCGGUAUAAUGAAAAAGGACAACCACUGCCUUAAACCCACCUCUUGAUACGUAUCAUUGGAAAAGGUAAAGACUGAAGGACUUAAUUUAGUGCCUUCUUCUUCUGAUUUUGAGGCAUAUGGUUGGCAACGUACAGUAUCCUCUCAUGUGUACCUCUUAUAGCAUAUCUUGUAUAUUUCUGUCCUUUCUAACUUAACUGGGCCAAUAUUCCAAGUCAUCUGUGUCCAUGCACCAUAGACUUAACGAUUACAACCUGCAGAAUAAACUAAAUAUGAAAAAAUAAAAUAAAAACAGAGUAAAAUUAAAAGCUUUGUUUGUCAGGGUGGUGUGGCAGCUUCCGCUGACUGCAAUGUCGUACGCCAGGAAGAAGGCUAAAAAGAAAUAUGUUUGAUAUUUCUUAGCUACACUUAAUUUAUUUGGACCUUUUCAAGGACAACGCUCCGUAGUAUUAUCAGAGAGGAACACACUACGAAAAGCUAUAAUAAGCUAAAGUUAUUUUUUUUUUCUUUGUAGAGUUUUAGUGUCAUGGAAACAGUUACGUGCAUGACAAAUCUUCUUAUGGGUUUUUAUAUUUAUCUUAAACGGCAAGUGCUGCUUUUAAUGGAGGAACAUUAAAAAGAUUGUCAGAAGCAUCAUCCUAAUCCAAUUUCAGAUUUUCUUUUCGAAAUACUUGAUAUUUAGUAUGUUUGUUUUCACUCUCUCAGGUUCAUGAGUGUUAAUAGUUGUGUUUUUUUGCAUCUCAGGUAGAAUGCAAAUUUAAAAAAGGCCCCAAGUAUAUACUGUAGUACCACAGCUAUUCAAAACGUAAAGAAGUCACAAGAUGUACAUGUUUUUUUUUU